AUGUCAGCAAAUCGCAAGCCUCCUCUUGUUUUCCUUCACAUUGUCUUGCUCUCCAUACUUUCAUCACAAAUCAUAGCAUCACCAGAAGCACAAGCAGAAGCUCUUGUCAAAUGGAAAAACAGCCUCACCCCUCCCCCUCCUCUCACUUCAUGGUCCCUCUCCAACCUCAACAACCUCUGCAACUGGACAAGCAUUGUCUGCGACUCAACCGGAACAGUCUCCGAGAUAAACCUCUCAAGUGGUGCCGAGUUCAAUGGAACACAGGCAAAGCUCAUUGGAACACUAGCCCACUUCAAUUUCACUCCAUUCCUUAACCUCACCCGCUUCGACCUCAGUCAUAACCAUCUUUGCGGACCAAUAACAUCGGAGAUAGGUCGGCUAACAGAGCUUUGCUUGACCGUCUUGGAUUUGUCCCAGAAUAAGUUCAAUGGAACAGUACCAGAAUCUUUAUUUACCAAUCUGGGCAAGCUUGAACUCCUUUAUCUUUUUGAUAAUUUAUUCCGUGGACCAUUGUCACCAAACAUUUCCCACCUUUCCAAGCUCAAAUAUCUUCGCCUAGGAGUAAACCAGUUCAGUGGUCUAAUUCCUGAGGAUAUUGGUGCAAUUUUAAAUCUUCGAAUUAUAGGCAUGUUCAACAAUUCAUUGGAAGGGAGAAUUCUUUGUUCAUUAGGCCAGCUCAAGGGCCUCUCGAUACUCCGUCUUGGAAUGAAUAGCUUGAAUUUUACAAUUCCUUCUGAGCUUGGGUUUUGUGCAAACCUCACCGAAUUGGGCCUGGCUACAAAUUCAUUCACUGGAGAAAUUCCACCGGAGAUAAGCCUAUUCACAAAGCUCAAAUAUCUUUAUUUGUAUAGUAAUCAGCUUUCUGGCUCUAUUCCAUACGAGAUUGGGAACUUGAAAGAUUUGAUUGAAUUAGACCUUUCAAAAAACCACCUCUGGUUCGAUUCCUCAGACAGUUUGGAACCUCAAAAACCUUUGACUCUUAGGACUAAAACAAGCUCUCUGUCCUCCAACGAAUUGUCCGGAGAAAUUCCAACUGUACUUGGAAAUCUAAGGCUGCUAUACUCGCUCAAUUUGAGCAGGAACCAUUUGACAGGAGAGAUUCCUUGGAAUCUAGUAAGCUAUACAAGCUCAACUGUACCUGAGAAUUGUGAAAGCUUAUUGACCAAAGACUUGACAAACAACUACAUGAACAUGGUGGACCUCAGCAGCAAUAGACUCUUAGGAAAUAUUCUUGAAGACCUUGCAAGGCUUUCACAAUCGGAGAGUCUUAAUCUGUCACAUAACCAACUUUCAGGAGAAUUUUCAUCAUCAUUUUCCGGGAUGGUUAGUCUAAGCAAUAUCUCUAUCGAUUUUUCCUACAACAAUUUAACAAGUCUGAUCCCAACAAGUUUUGUUUUCAAAGAUGCACCUGCAACAGCUUAUGUUGGAAACUCAGCCAUUGUUGCUAGACUCAAAACAUGUUACCGGAAGACCAAACUCUUGAAACAAGAAAGCAGAUCAAUUUUAGAGUGUGAGGAGAAGGCCAAGUCAUUGAUAUGGGGAAGAGACAGGAAAUUCACAUCUAGGAAUAUUGUGAAGGCCACUGAAAACUUCCAUGAGAAUUACUCUAUUGGAAAAGGAGGAUUUUGA